AUGCACUCGCGAGGAUUGCGCCAACGCGCUAAGCGCUUUCUUCGCCAGACGGUUCUGUGGGGCAAAGCUGCGCUACCCGUCGGCGCCGGCGCUGGCGCCCAUGGCAACGGCGAUAUCAACACCAACAACAGCGGCAAUAUCGAUAGCAAUGCCCACAACCAAAACAAUGGCAAUCCCGAUGGCAAAGCCCGCGCCAGAAACAGCGGAAAUGCCGAUAUCAAUAGCAAUGCCGCAGCAGGACGACCUACCCCCGCAACAACAAAAUGGCAGGCAGGGACAAUGACGGAGCAACACAACAACAGCCAUCUCGCCCAGCGCUCUGGCAAGAACCUGGCGCAUGGCGAUCAGAUCGCCGGCGACAACGAUGAUGACAGCGAGAACUGGACAAUCGAGAACAACGACGACCGGACCCUACAACACCCCGACUCCUAUUACGACCAGGGAGGAAAACAAACCCCCGGCCACACAGGCGCGAAAGACGCAAUCGCGCUCGCCGUGCUCGCGCCCGAGAAAACUCUGCGCAUUGUCCACGGGGAGGAUUACGAGUACGAUGACGACUAUGUCCCUGUUACGCGCCGCCAGGCCCGCGAAGAAACGGGCGAGGAGGCCGCCAGGGAAUAUGUCCCGCGCCUGAUCAAGGUCCCGCCUACCCCGCUGAAGCGCUCGAGCAGUUUGUAUGCUACUGCUUCGCGGUCGGCUAUUUUUGUUGCGGUUAUGACGCCCGGAGGGCUGGAGACGAUUUUUGAGGAGGACGAUGAUGAGGAGUAG